AUGAAUAGUACUGAGAGGAGGGAAGGAGAACUAGACCUUCACAGUCAGGAUGAUUUUUCUGAUGUGCUGGCAGGAGUGAGGCUGGGAUUUCUUACUCAGGAAGGCUCUACAGUGAAAGCUUGCAAGGCUUUAUCCGACCCUCCCAGCCCUGAUCACUCCAGCUUACAGACCCCAGGCUGUGAUCAGAACUGCUGGGGGUCAGGGCAAGAUGUGAAGAUCUUUCAUGGAGAGAGGAAAACAUAUAUUCCUGUGGAAGAUGACACGUGUCCUGAUCCGUCCUGGACAUUUUUCUCGCAUUUCUCUUGGAGCCAGCUUUCCCAGACCACUGUGUCAUCACCCUAUGAUCCAGACCAGAGCAUAGCAGGCCGAGUUACUUAUAGAAGAGCAGUGGACCUCUUUGCUUCUCCACCUGCCAUUUUGGAAUGCUCCACUGACACCUGGAAGAACAUGGAGAGAUUGAUGGAUCAAGAGAUUAUGAAAAUCCCUCCUGUGCCACACAGCAGCAUUAUCAAGCCAAUUGACUCAAUAUAUGAAACGAAAACAACAGAAGGGAAUGAUGCAGUCAUCAGUGCUAAAGGAAAGGGUAGCAGCCAAGUGAUUGGCAGCAAUGAAGUUGGAGCAGAAGCUGAAAACACAGGCCAAGCUGAAGUUUUCUGGAAUGCUGGUGCUAAUCACUUGCUAGAUUUGAUGUCCUUCUGUCCAGCUGGGAAGCCUAGGGCAAAACACACUAAUGGAGAAACCAUGGCAAUUCUAGACAGAGAGCUCCUGGUAGCAGGUUGCCACAAAGAUGAAGGCUUAACUUUGGGUGAGGCAACUUCCUUUGGUGGAAAGCAAUUUCUGGAAAAGGGUUUCAGCUGUGAGCUAUCAGUUGGCAACAUUUCAGUACUUGGAGAAAUAAGUGCCUCAGAGUUGAAGGGGGAGCCUGGGCGGCACAUCACUACAACGGGUUGCCUCAGAGAUGGCCAACCUUAUGAAGAAGGAUCAGUAAUUAAGGAAAACUGCAAUUCCUGCACAUGCUCAGGACAGCAAUGGAAAUGUUCCCAGCUUGUAUGCCUUGUUCAACCAGAACUAAUCGAACGUGUCAAUAAAGGAGACUAUGGAUGGACAGCCCAGAACUACAGCCAAUUCUGGGGAAUGACUUUAGAAGAAGGUUUCAAGUAUCGUCUUGGCACCCUGCCACCUAGUCCCAUGCUUCUGAGUAUGAAUGAAGUGACAGCUUCUUUACCUGCAACAACUGACCUUCCAGAGUUUUUCAUUGCUUCUUAUAAAUGGCCUGGAUGGACUCAUGGCCCAUUGGAUCAAAAAAAUUGUGCUGCAUCAUGGGCAUUUUCUACUGCAAGUGUGGCAGCUGACCGAAUAGCAAUUCAGUCCAAAGGUCGAUACACAGCUAAUCUAUCCCCUCAGAAUUUGAUCUCUUGCUGUCCCAAGAACCGUCACGGAUGCAAUAGUGGAAGCAUCGAUAGGGCUUGGUGGUUCCUGAGAAAACGUGGACUGGUAUCCCAUGCAUGCUAUCCACUUUUCAAGAACCAAAAUGCUACCAAUCAUGGUUGUGCCAUGGCGAGUAGGUCUGAUGGGCGGGGAAAACGGCAUGCCACAAAGCCAUGUCCCAACAACAUUGAGAAAUCAAACAGGAUCUACCAAUGUUCUCCCCCAUACAGAGUCUCUUCCAAUGAAACUGAGAUAAUGAAAGAAAUCAUGCAAAAUGGACCAGUUCAAGCCAUAAUGCAAGUCCAUGAGGAUUUCUUCCAUUAUAAGACAGGGAUAUAUAGACAUAUUACCAAAAAAGCAAAUGAAGAAUCAGGAAAAUAUCGAAAGCUUCAGACACAUGCCGUCAAACUCACUGGAUGGGGCACACUGAAAGGUGCACAAGGACGGAAAGAAAAAUUCUGGAUUGCUGCCAAUUCCUGGGGAAAGUCAUGGGGAGAGAAUGGCUAUUUCAGGAUUCUUCGAGGAGUAAAUGAAUCUGACAUUGAAAAGUUGAUUAUCGCAGCUUGGGGCCAACUGACAAGUUCAGAUGAACCAUAACACAUCAUUAAAUUUCCAUAAGGCCGUGCACUUAAGUAACCCCUUAAAUUGAAAUUAAGCAAAGUAAGGUUCUCUGUGACAGUGGAAUCUUUGUCUCUCCACAUUGUUAUUAUAAUGUGCCUAUUUUCCUGUUUCACCCCAGGCUCCCUGCUUCUGCUUCCUUCAUAUCACUAAGUAUAUAAAAACACUAACAGAGGACAGCAGAGUAGCUAAAUGGCUUUAAGUUUCUCUGGCUGUCUUUUUCUUUCUCUCAAGAUAGUAUUCUUUUUGACUUUGAUAGUUCACAAAAGUGUAACAGUGCUUGUCUUAAAAGUCCAUGGUAUUCCUUUGUAGAAAUGAAGUAGUUUCUGUCUUUAUCAAAUGAGGAUUUCAGAC